AUGAGGACCUUCUUCAAUAUCGCAGCUUUUGCUGCCGGCUCCCAGGCACUCAUCACUCGUGGUGAUAGCUGCUGCUUCCAUUUAACCGCCUCAGGUGGUGCAUCUGGAUCUGUGGGACAGCUUAGUGAUGGACAGAACCGUAUUGGUGACAACAGUCUAUCCCCUGCAGAGUUUUGUAUCAACUCUGGUGCUAUCACUGAUGGCAAUGGACGCGGCUGCAUCCUCACACCACCCACUACCCAGCUCCAGUGUGACGAGGGUGCCACUCCCACCGGAGGCUUCUCUAUUGACUCCUCUGGCAAGCUAGAGUUCCAGGGCAGCUCCAAGUUCAUUGCCUGUGAGACUGGCCAGAAUGGCGGCUUGAACAUCUAUACAACCGAAAGCUCCGCCCUCAGCAAUUGUAAACCUAUCGAAUUGAUGGCCGACUCGUGCGCUGCCCCCAAGCCACAACCCACAUCUACAUCCACAUCCACUGCCGUUGCCACAUCUGCAUCCACUGCCAGUGCUACUGCUACUGCCCCUGCCACCCCUCCUGCUAAUAACGGCUGUCCCACUACUUUGACCUCGGGCAACUUUGAAUUCCCUCACUUGAUCGUCCCCAUUGACUCAUCCUCUCCCGAUACUGCCGCUGGCACCCAGUUCAAUGGCAAAGUGACCUCGACCGUCUCGAGUAUCUUCAACUUUGACAUCCCCCAGUCAGAUUCUGGCAAGACUUGCAGCUUAGUCUUCCUGUUCCCGAAGCAGGCAGACCUUCAGACCUCGUCAUUUACCUUCAGCGGCGAUGGCAAGAUCGAUUUUGCUGCGCUUUCCGGAAUUGCUACUAAGUCUACUACCUUCCACAACGCUCCUUCUGUCUCCAAGGAUCUCGGCACAAUCGCUGUCUCGCCUGGCAACCAAUAUGUUGUCUCUACCUUCUCUUGCCCCGCUGGCCAGACUGUCUCUUAUGAGAUGAAGAAUGCUGGAAGCACUAGUCUUGAGUUCUUCGAAGACUUUAACCCCUCUCCUAUUGGUUUGUUCAUCACGGUGUGCUAA